AUGCCUUUCGAAUGCCCUCAAGAUGUUGCCAAUGAUUAUGAGAGUUUACUUACUAAUACUAAUAUAGUAGAAUAUGAUGUUAUUAUCUAUGCUGGUAAUAACAAUAGAGAAAUUUAUGCGCACUCACUCGUAUUACGCACUAGGUCUCAAUAUUUUCGUACAGAAUUUUCUAAUGGAUCGUUUGAUAGGAGGAAUGGAAAAUUUAUUUUUAAUUUACCUAAUAUUACCUCUCAAUUAUUUAAUAUGAUUUUAAGAUUUAUUUAUUGCGGAAAGAUUAAUUUGGAUCAAUUAGAUGAAUCUGAUGUUUUAAAUCUUUUGAUGGCAGCGGAUGAGAUUAAUAUUCAAAGAUUAAUCGACUAUAUCCAGGGAUAUCUGAUUGAAAAUAGAGGUUAUUAUUUACAACAAAAUUUUAUUGAAAUUCUUGAGAAGAUUUAUCAAAAUAAUGCUUUUAUAGAUUUACAAAAUAUUUGUAUCAGAAAAAUUUGUGUAAAUCCUGAAAGAUUACUUAAUUCAAAUGAUUUUACCAGUUUAAAUGCAUCUUUAUUGGAGUUAAUAUUUAACAGAGACGAUUUACCGCUCGAUGAAAUUGUUGUCUGGGAUAAUUUAAUUAGGUGGUGUUUGGCUCAACAUCCUAGCAUUCCACAAGAUCCUACACAAUGGAAUAAUGACGAAAUCACAAAUAUGGAGAGAACUAUUCAUAGAUUUGUUCCAUUGGUAAGAUUUUGUCAUAUUUCUCCAGAAAAUUUUGCUACUAGAGUAUACCCAUUUAGAGAAAUAAUGCCAAAUAAUUUAGUUAAUAGUAUGGUUCAAUUUCACAUGACUCAAAAUCAGCAAUUUAAUAAUGAUAGACGACCUCCUAGGAAACUUGCAAAUAAUUCUGUCAUAGUAGAGCUUCAACAUUUUGCCAUUUUCUCUAGUUGGAUUGAAAUGAACGAUGCUUCUUAUUAUAAUGAAAGAAAUAUUCCUUAUAAAUUUAAUUUACUUUAUCGUUCUAAUAGGGAUGGCAAUACACCUGAUGCCUUUCAUGAUAAGUGUGAUAAUAAAGGAGCUACUAUUGUUAUAUUAAAAAUUCCAAAUUCGGAACAAAUACUAGGAGGUUAUAAUCCGCUUCAAUGGGAUUCAAGUAAUACAGAGAAGCAUACAAGAGAGAGUUUUUUGUUUUCAUUUAAAAAUAGAAAUAACCUUAACAGUGCAACAGUAGGUCGUAAUAACGCAAAUGAUUCUUUUAUACAAUGUUAUCAAAUUUAUGGGCCAGCAUUUGGCAGUAGUGGUAGGUUUGACCUAUUUCAAGAUAGUGAUGGAGAUUGGAAAAGCUAUCUUACACACCCUUAUUCUAAUAUUAAUAUACCAAAAGGUUAUGGAUCAUAUUAUAAUAUUUUUAAUGUAGAGAAUUAUGAAGUUUUUCAGGUUGUUAGAAUUUAA